AAAAAAGCAUAAUUGGUUUCCCCUUCAAGUAAUGUGCUGACAGCUGUGCGUAUCACUUGAAUCACUUGAAAACUCGAUUGUACUAAAAACGAAAGCAUUGAGCAUUGCCUGAAUCACUAAUAUCAAGAAAUCAUCCAAAAAAUGGUGAAAAAAGAAUCGAUUUCUCCCUCAAGUUGUGUGGUGACAGCUGUGUGUAUCAGCGUGACAUUGGAACGGGGAUGAGCGCGCUAUAUCUUGGCUCCGUAAAGGUCAGGGUGGGUGUGGGCGUGGCCGGCAGGAAUGGUGUGGCCGAGCGAAGGGCGCGCCAUUUACACCUCUAUGGAGUGGCCUCCUUAUAGAAGCCCAUCUAAUGCCAGUGUGGGAGUUUACGUAUUGAUAAAGGUCGCAUUAUUAGUUGAUACAUAAUGGAAGAGGCUCAUCAGUACACACCAUGUCAAAGAAACACAUGGGAAGCCUUAUAAUAUUUAUGGAGCUUUGUAUAUUGACGAAUUGCGUAAUAAUAGUUAAGAAAUCACUAUAAAUACGUUCAUGAUAGUUAAUGACAUACCACUUGCUUCUUAAGACACUAACACUCGCUAUAACCACAAGAAAACAUGUAAAAAUAGAGAAAACCGCAAUGACACGCAGUCCAAGGUAUUAGCGAGACAUAUCAUGCGUAGCUGUGUUGACCCGAUGUGGCAACACUGAUGUAUAUACCAAGAGGAGCUUGAAUACGAACAUAGCAAAGAAAGUGGAGUUCCGAGACAAUAAUAACCAGAAACACACAAAAAUUAUACAAGCCACAUCAAUAGGCGGGACAACACAGUGAAAAUGGUGCAGUAGAAAACCGUACGUAGCAAAGCGAGGCGAAGUCUAUCAUCUCAUUUUCGUUUGUGAUUCUGUGGCGGCUGGAGGCACGACUCAGAGCCAUUGUUAUUCCUUUUCCAGCAGCCCCCAACCACCAGCAGGGCAAAGGGCCGCCGUGUGUUCCCAAGAGGCAGUCCAUUACAGCGUGGUCAAGGAAAGGGAAAGGUUGUUACACAAGGAUAAUAAACAGGAAAUAAACAGCACAAAACGACGAAGAAAAUGCUCCAACACAAGCUUAAAACUCAGAGUGGUACAUAUAAAGCUCCCAUAAGAGGCUGACAGUGGAGAUGUGUGGUGCUUGCAUAUGUGUAGCAUUGAAAACUGGUGCUACCUGUGUUGCGUAGCAUCCUGAACUUGUGUACCUAUGUGUGGAGUGUCUUGAAUCUUGCAUGAUGGGGUGGUGUGGGUGAAGCAAAAUUUGGACUAUGAAUGAGGAGUGCCCAGUGACCAGACUGGACUACUUAAUGACUGAAGUUGGAUUAGUAGUAGUAGUGGCAUCAUCUUCGUGGUUGUGAUGUGUUACUGUGAAGCAAAUGAACCUGUGACAUGUUGACCCCAGGGAGGAGUGAACUCACUACUGGGAGACCUGAAGGAUUGGCUGUAAUGGUGAAUGAAUCCCAAGCAUCAAGCUCUUUGCUCUCUACUUCACAUUCUGUAAUGCAACAAGUGCAUUCUGCAAGAAACUGUUGAUCUCCAAGGACCUGUGACCACUGUUUCCAUUCCUCUACUAUUACCACUAUCUUCACCAACCUCCUCCUGCCACUAACAUUACCCUGAGCAUCACUGCCACCACACAAAAAAUCUCUAGUACUCUCCUCAAAAACCUCACUUUCAUCUUAACACUCAGCCACUUCUCCCUCACUUAUAUUCCCAUUAAUAGCACUGCCUUCUCCAACAUCUUCAUUAUUUCCAUCGCCUAAAUCAUCAAUUUCCAUUACAACUAUUAUCUUCUUCACAUUUUCUCAAAUGCUAUUACCUGCCUAUCAGCCCAUUAACACCUUGAUUGUCAGCUUCCUCUACCACUACCUCUACCCUCACCUUUCCUCAGCCACAAGGGAGGACAACCCAUCUGUCUACCCAUAUAUAUAUCAUUAACUUCCUCUACCUUCUUCACCUUUCCUUGACCACUACUACCCACUGUCCUUUCCUCAUCUACCAACCACUUACCCACCUUCUCACCAACAUCAUCAUCAUCGCCACUAACAACCACCACCAUGGAGCACAGUGAACUGAUUGCCGAGAUGGCGUACAUCGAGAAGCUGUCUACGCAGGAGAGGCUCAAGUUGGCCCGAAGACGACGCAUGCAGCAGAUGAAGAAGUGGUCGCAGAAGGAGAGAGAGGUUACCGGCAGCAAGAGGGAGAAGACGGCGCUGAAUGAGGCUCAGAAGAGGAGGCGAGAGAAUAAAAAGAAUGUCCUGUUUGUGAGCUCGGUGAUGCUCCUUGAGGCUGCUGCAAGGAAUGACAUUGAAGAAGUGAAAGCCCUGCUGGAGGCUGGUGUGGACCCAGACUCCACCAAUGAGGAUGGCCUGACGGCCCUCCACCAGUGCUGCAUCGACGACUCUGAGGAGAUGAUGCGGCUCCUAGUGCAGCACAACGCUGACGUCAAUGCUCAGGACUCGGAGAAGUGGACGCCCUUGCACGCCGCGGCCACCUGUGGACACCUUCACCUUGCCAAGUUCCUGAUUGCCAAAGGUGCCAACCUACUGGCAGUAAAUGCAGAUGGCAACAUGCCAUACGACAUCUGUGAAGACGAUGCCACGUUGGACUACAUAGAGGGGGAGAUGGCCAGUCGAGGUGUGACUCAGACACUCAUUGAUGAGACGCGCUCUGCCACAGAGACGCACAUGCUGAACCACCUCAAGAACAUGAAGAGCAAGGGCCAGAGCCUCAUGUUCAGGGACCAUCAAGGGGCCACACCACUCCACAUCGCAGCUGCCAAUGGAUAUGUGCGUGUGGUGGAGUACCUGCUGGGCCAGAAUGUGCCCACGGAGGCGAGAGACCAUGACGAUUGGUCUCCCCUGCAUGCUGCUGCCUGCUGGGGUCAUCCUGAUGUCCUGGAGAUGCUGGUGCAGAAUGGAGCCAACCUUCAUGCCCGCACAAAGAACCAGGAGACCCCGUAUGACAUCUGUGAGGAUGCUGAGCUGCGUGACAGGAUCAUGCAGCUUAUCAACGAACUAGAGACCAAGAGGCUGCACGACCACACAAGGAGGAUCCGGCGUGCGCACUCCAACACACGCACACAGUCUGUUCGCCGCACAUCCAUCCGAGAGAAGACGUUGACACCAAAGAAGGAAGCGCAGGAGGAGGCGAGGAUACGGCUGCAGCUGGAAAACAAAAAGAAGCCAUUGCCUUUUCAGGAGGACUCCCCAGCUCUGGGUGCCUUGCGUCCAGUAAAGGAGGGUGAAGGGUCUCCUAUGACAUCCUUCCCUUCAGUGAUUGCUGACAACUCCACCAUCACCACUGUCACCAAGAGCAGCCCCACCAACAAGAUGGUAACCACAACCACCUCCAGCAACAGAAACAGCAGCAACAACAAUAGCAGUCCAGCCACAAAGAGGAACAGCAACAGGAGUCCACCCAGUAAGACCAGCAGUAACAGGAGUCCACCCAGUAAGAGCAGCAGCAACAGGAGUUCAACUUCUGCCACCUCCACCAGCAACAGGAGUUCACCCACUAACAGUAACACCACCACCAGUGCCAAAGAUAAAUUCAAGGUGAAUGAAGAGGAAAAAGAACUUAAGAAGGAGCAGAGGGAAAAGGAGAAGGAAAACACUACAGUUAGCAGUGAAGAGGAGAGAUGUAAGGCCAUCAUACCUACAGCUGUGUUGCCUAAGAGGGAGAGAGACUUGGCUGUGAGAUCCAACUCCAUUACCUCCAACAGCAGCAGCAGCAACAGUAGUCCCACCAAGUCUGAGACAUCUUUGGAGACAAAACCAAACCUGUCAAAGGACAUCACAGAUGGUCCCAGAUUAGCCACUCCUCCUGUGCCCCCACCCAGGACCUCCUCCAGCUCAAGGCAAGAAGUGAUAUCAGCGGGCAGCAACAACAGCAACGGGAGUGGAAUGGUGACACACAGUGGGGAGGGCGGCAGCAAGAUUGACAUCCAUGUCACAGUUACAGUCAAUCCAUUCUCCCCUGGGACUCUGGCUGACCUGAAAAAACAGAGAGCAUUAUCUCGUGCCUCCCAGAGUUCCUACACCCUCUCCCCUCCCUCCUCUACCGCCAGCACCUACUCCCUUUCCACAUCUGACUAUGACUCACGGCCGCAUCCACGAGGGUCUGAGUUCUCUGCUUCUUCUGUCCGUGUUGACACAGUGUCUUAUCGUCCACCCGCCUCGCCCUCUGCGACGCCAAGAAAAUUCUGUGGCAAUCCCUCAGAGGUGAUUGGAGGCGUUGAUGCUCACUCCUGCUGCAGUUUGAUGUGAAAAUGUUUGUGCGUGUGUUACGAGGCACAAGGACAUAGAGCAGUACAAAUAGAAAAUGUAGCAUGACCCUGAGGCUUUAUGGUGGUGCUUACUUGCAAGGUAAACUGCUAUUGGCACUGUAUGAGCUGCCUUACCAGAUAUUAUGCUACCCUGACUUUCUUAGGAAUGUAAAUGUGUGUGUCCCAUCUACGCUACACACCACAGAGUUGAAGUAUAUAGGCCAACGGAAGUGUAACUUUGUUAUGGUGCAUCAUGAUUACAGUGCAUUCUGGUCAAUUUUUGCUCAUUUACUCUUCUCGUUUCUCACUUGGGCAAAUGUAACUUACUCGUGUGUUGCAAUGCCUAAGCUUCAUAUUCUUGCUCACUAUAUAUGUUGCCUGGUCAGUCUUGCCCUUUAACAUCUUACUCACAGGUAAUGUAGAAAUAGUAUACCUUUAACCAUUUCCAUCCGUGAUGCAGACGUCGGCAUCAUAGUAUGGAAAGGGUCAAGAGAAAAUGGAAGAAGAUUAAUCCUCUUCUAAACCUCUCAAUCCUCUUCUAAAUUCCUCUUAUUCCUCUUUCAUUUCCUCUUAAGAGGUAUAGAAGAGGAUUAAGAAGAAAUGGAAGAGGACUAACCCUUUCCAUACGGUGAUGCUGUCGGCAUUGCCGGAGUGAAGGGAUUAACAAUCAAAAUUUUAGUUAGUGAUGAAACAUUGUGUAAUGUUUUUUCCUGUAAUUGUAUGGAUAUGACUUGCCUCAAUCUGUUUGUGCUAAAUGAAAUUGAUAUGUGACUAGUUUUGAUUAGAAUUAUGCAGAGCAGGUGCUGCAACAAUGAUAUGUUUUUCUGGGUGCUAAAGAAGGAAAGUUAUGGUAAUACUGACCUCUAGACGACAGCUCCAAAGUGGGUGACUGAGGAAACCUUUCUUGGUCUGCCUCCAGUCUCGGUGCUAUGACAGGGGCAAAGCAAGGAAAGCUAUCAUUUCUUAGUCAAAACGGCUUUUUGAUUUCCCUAUCCAUCUAGUAAUGCACCAGCAUCAAAUUCAUAAGCUCCAUCUAGUAAUGCACCAGCAUCAAAUUCAUUAGCUCCUUAUUGCCGUUGUGUCAGUAAUAACAAAAUCUUUGAUACUUUUAAGCACAAUUAGUCAUUCUUUACUGUUCCUAUUUUGGAAAUGAGUAGUACAGCAGCAGUGUGCUAUUUUUAAAAGUGUUACAAGACCUAUGAUUCACAUUAUGUUGACAGUUUUACUUCUAAGGUAGAAGGCAAUGAGAUUCUCAUUGUUUCUGAUAGGUUUGCCUCAAGAAGCACUCAUUACUGACCUUAACUGAAGACGUAGCUUCUCUCUGUUCUGAUACAAAGAUGAUGAUACCCAUUCUACCAAGUGGCAACACCUGGAAAAAAAAUAUAUGGCAUUGAAAAUUUAAGCAGUUUGUUACUCAUUGUGUGUUUGGUUGAUGCUGGUAACAUUCCAUUGGCUGCUGAGUACUGUAAAUAUACUAUAUGUGAUUUACCACCCUUCUGUUCAUAUAUCAUAUUCUUGCACUUAAAAAGAAGUAAAUGUUGCGCUCAGGAGAAACAAAAAACAUGAUUUUUAUUGUAAACAAAGAAUAAUGGAAGAUAGUGUUGGUACACUUAUGUGCCCCAAGUGGGGAAUGUAAUGGAAUCAAGGCAUAGUUUAAAUGCUAACUUUAAGGCUUGAGGGUUUAACUAGCACACAUUCCACUGUAUUCUCUAUUUAUCCUUUCAUUUCUUACGUUCCCUAAGGGGUGUACACAUACAUUAAUAGUCUUAAGUCACAUGUUACUUGCAUACUAGUCCUGGGAUUUAUUUUAAGCCACACAUUCCAAAAAAAGUAGCAAAGCUGUGCCAACCAUCAUUUUAAAAUGUUAGCUAUUCAGGUGUUACUUGGUAAUUUUACUAUUUUUCCCUGCUAAAGAGGGUGGGCAUGUGGUGGAUGAACUUUUUGUUCCUAUCAAGCAUUUCAUAGCAACCUUCAGCAUGUUCUCCAGUUUGUACCCACCCUUCCAAUCAGCACUCGUGUCAGACAACAAAGCUACUCGAGAGAACAGAGCUGAGGUAUGAAAAUUAACUGUUGCCAAAUGAUGAGUUUUAUACAGAAGAUAAAUUUUCUAGGGUUUUUUUUUUUCCUGAUAUUCAUCAUGACUAACUGGUAAAAGAUUUACUGCCACCACAGCCCCCUAACUAGUUUUAUUGCUAAACUGUUUUCAGUUUCUGUAUUUUAUCUCAUGAUACAGUAAUGAAAAUUUAUUUCAUAACUGUCAAAUAUUUUUAUAAGUAGGGUAUCUAGAGAUAAACAGGUAAUGCAAAUAACUUUUUUGUGGCUAUGGAACAUAUAUUUUAGGACUGCAUGUGCCCCUAUUUUAAUGUAUAACAGAUUUUGAGCAGAGAUAGUAGUAUACAAAGCAUUUAUCAGCGUAAUAUGUAUUUGCCUAUUUGUGUGUGCGUGUGUGUGAUAAAAUGAUUAUGGGCAUUUUUUAGCACCUGAAAUUCAAAUAUUAUACUUGUCCAGAUGUUGAUAAACUAACAGUGUCAUAUUAAACACUAGCCAGAGGUUAGGAAAGCAGAAAAUUUUAAUUAAGUUGAAACUGAUUCCGUCCAGUUAUUAGUGUAUGUGUGUGUAUGUAUGUGGUUGUUCAGAGUUCACACAGCAUAAAGUAUUUUAUCCGGGAGUGUUGCAUGAUUAUUUCUGGUCACCCAUAUAUUAUAAAGCAAUGUCUUUACAACCAUAUCUAGCUGAAAACUAUACUGUGGAUGAGGAACUACAGCCUUACUAAUAUGCCACCCAGUCCCUAGAAUUUGUCAAACUGUAUUGGCAAAAUACCAAGUACUACAUCCAAUCAAAUGGAGAUCAACAAACUAAAUUAGUCAAGUUCCUUUGGAUGACCAGAACUGACCAUCACCACUGUGGGUACAAAAUACAAGUAGCCAGUGUGAAGAUAUGAACUUUCCUGUGAUAGCAGUCCACUGUGUGCAAUGCUGACUGGUGUAGGUAGAUUAAAGUACGUAUUUAUUUGCCCUCGAUUUUGUGCAAGGAAGGAAUUUAUUCUUGGUAGUUUUUAUGGAGCUACUCUUUGCAAAUGAACCAGACAACAUAUGCUUCACCUAUUGACCUGUCUCUCAAGACGACUCAAGCGUUUCUCAUAGUAUCAAAUUAUUUUUUAUAGUCAACAGUCUUAAAUUCCCCAAGCUUCGUGUCCAGAUUAUCAAUAUAUUCAGAAGUAUUGUAAAGUAUAUUGCAGUGAAUUUUUGUUUCAUAGUGGUAUUGAUAGUGAAUACUUCCUUUGGUCACUGACUAGAUGUCUCUCACUUAUUAAAAGAACAGAGUAAGAAUGUUGGACCAGAAUUGUUCACUUUGGGCAAAAAUAAGAGGGAGAGAGUUAACACUCCAGAUACAAAGUCUUCCCACAGAGCCCUCCUGAGAGUUAUAUCCUUUUGACUCGUGUACAGAAGACUGUAGUAUCCUGAGAGUUAUAUCCUUUUGACUCGUGUACAGGAGACUGUAGUACAUGUACUGAGACUACUUCAUGAAAUUGCCAUUUUAAUUAACUAACAAAUCUCAUUAAGACUUUACUUAGAUAUUAUUCAUGUUAUGAAUGUGUAUGUUGGCUGUAAAUAGUCUAUUGGAUCACCUAUUGAUAAUAUGUUUAUUUAUUAACAACUCCAGAUAUAAGUAAAGCCUAGUACAUUUAUCUAUUGUUGUGCUGCAGUGUUGCCAGCAGUCUAUGUCUGUUGCAAAUAGUGCUUGGCAACACUACUAACUACACUUACCUGAUGCAAACAUUCCAUACAUUAUAAGAUGAAACUGAUUUUUAAUAAACAUUACAGGUU